UUAUUUAAAACGCAUGCUUCAAAUCGACGUAAUCAUACAUUCAUAAACAUAUGAAUAUCUACAUAUUUUAUUUUUAGUUGUAUUUAUUUUUGUCAUAAUUUAAGAGUAUUGGUCAUUAAAGGUAUUUUCGUAAUGUACCCAUGCCUAUUAAAAUGCCAUUACAUAGGUAUUUUUAUGUUUAAAGACCUAUUACGAUAUUCAUUAUCAGAGUCGUGUGUCAUUGCGGUCUUAGUUGUUCUACGUUUUCUGUUAGUUAUUGUCAAUUGGUAAUACCUAUAAAGUUUGAGUUUUGUCAAAAUAAAAAUUCAAUCAUGAAUAAUCAUGAAAAAGUUCAGUUACUGUUAAUUUAUGGAAAAUGUAACAGAAAUGCACGUGAAGCAACAACGAUGUACUCCCGCCAGUAUCCAGAUAGGUACCAUCCUCAUUAUACUUAUGUUCAAAAACUUGAAAAGUCGUUAAAAGAAAAUGGUUCGUUCAAUAGAACAAAUGCUGUUCAACAACAACCUCGUGCAAAUCCAAAUUUAAAUGAGGAUAUUGAAAAUCAAGUCUUGGCAUAUGUACAUCUUAACCCACGUUCGUCUGUUAGACACGUUGGACAUGAAGUUGGCGUAUCCAAAAUAUUAGUUCAUCAGAUUUUAAAGAAAUACAAACUACACCCUUACAAACCAGACUUUGUCCAACAUUUACGUAUAACAGACCCAGAAAAAAGAUUAAAUUUUAUUCCUUGGUUUACGGUGGCGUCUGAGGAUGAUCCAUUAUUAAUUAAUCAUAUUUUAUGGACUGAUGAAAGUAAAUUUACUAAUAAUGGAGUAUUAAACAAGCAAAAUAAUCGUUAUUGGUCGAAUGAAAAUCCUCACUGGGCUGUUCCUACAAACUUUCAAACAUGUUGGGGUACAAACGUAUGGAUUGGUAUGAUUGGUGGAAAGUUACUAGGGCCUCAUUUCUACGACGGAACUUUAACGGGAAGAAGAUAUUUAGAUUUUAUACGUGAUGAUUUGCCACUUUUUUUAGAUGAUUUACCAUUAGAUACACGCAGAAACAUGUACUAUCAACAAGAUGGGGCACCUGCUCAUAAUUCCCGAAUUGUACAAGAAUUUUUAAAAGUAAGAUUUGGUGAAAAAUUUAUUGCAACACACGGACCAGUAGAGUGGCCUCCAAGGUCACCUGACCUUACACCGUUAGAUUUUUUUUUGUGGGGACAUUUGAAAAAUACUGUGUAUACUGAUCCUCCAAUCAACAUUCAAGACUUAAAAAAUAAAAUUACACACGCGUGUAACCUCUUGACUGAAAAUCAAAUACUGUCAGCAACUAAUCGUGAAUGUUCACGUCGAUUUGAAGCAUGCAUUUUAAAUAAUGGAGGGACUUUUGAACAAUUUAUCGAGUAG